GAGAGAAACAAAAACAAAAACCGCAACAGAUUUCUUGUUCUCUUUGUUUCUGCUUCUUCUACUUACUUUUAACUACUUGCUGUUAUUAUGUCUUCACAUCUUGAGAUGUCAGAUUUCUUCCUCUUCUUCAGUUGUUGCUGUUGUUACUGCUACUGCCACUACUGCUACUAAAACUCAAACUACUUUUACAGGUGGGCUGUGAAAAUCUCAUCACUGUGCUGCUAGUAGUGUAUUGUGUGUAGUAUUCUGGGCAGUCUCAUAUAUAAAAUAGAUGGGUUCUAGAUUCCCAUCUCAUCAACUCAGCAAUGGCCUUUACGUAUCGGGCCGGCCUGAGCAGCCGAAAGAAAGGACACCAACAAUGAGUUCAGUAGCCGUGCCUUAUACAGGUGGUGAUAUCAAGAAAUCUGGAGAACUAGGGAAAAUGUUUGAUAUCCCUGUUGAUGGUUCCAAGUCUAGAAAAUCUGGACCUAUAAAUAGUGCUCCUUCCAGGACCGGAUCUUUUGGAGGUGCUGCUUCGCAUUCAGGUCCAAUCAUGCCUAAUGCGUCUGCUCGAGCUGGUUUCACAUCCGGUCCUGUAGCUUCUGGAGGGAUGUCUGCUUCGGCUUCAUUAAAGAAGUCAAACUCUGGACCACUUAAUAAACAUGGGGAGCCUGUAAAGAAAUCUUCAGGCCCUCAAUCGGGUGGAGUAACACCAAGUGGCCGCCAAAACUCUGGUCCCCUUCCUCCUGUUCUCCCUGCAACUGGUCUCAUUACGUCUGGACCCAUCUCUUCAGGUCCACUAAAUUCGUCUGGGGCCCCUAGGAAGUUAUCUGGUCCUUUGGAUUCUAUGGGAUCAAUGAAAAUACCAAGCUCUAUUGCUCAUAAUCAGGCUGUGACUGUUCUUAGCCAAGAUGAGGACUUUUCCUUCAAGAGGAAUUUCCCAAAGCCAAUAUUGUGGUCAUUGAUUCUACUUUUUGUGAUGGGCUUUAUUGCUGGUGGUUUUAUUCUUGGCGCAGUGCAUAAUGCCAUUCUUCUCAUUGUUGUCGUGGUUCUUUUUGGUGCUGUUGCUGCUUUAUUUGGUUGGAAUUCUUGUUGGGGAAGAAAUGCUAUUAUCGGUUAUAUUGCUCGUUAUCCAGAUGCUGAACUUAGAAAUGCCAAGAAUGGCCAAUUUGUGAAGAUCUCUGGGGUGGUCACCUGUGGUAAUGUGCCUCUCGAGUCAUCCUUCCAAAAAGUUCCUAGAUGCAUAUAUACAUCCACAAGUUUGUAUGAGUAUCGAGGAUGGGAUUCUAAAGCUGCCAACGCUACACAUCGUCGUUUUACUUGGGGCCUCAGAUCGCUAGAAAGGCGUGCAGUUGACUUCUACAUCUCUGAUUUCCAGUCUGGGUUAAGAGCAUUAGUUAAAACUGGGUAUGGAGCAAGGGUGACACCAUAUGUUGAUGACUCCCUUGUCAUAGAUGUUAAUCCAGCUAAAGAAGAGUUGUCUACGGAGUUCAUCAGGUGGUUGGCAGAGAGGAACCUCUCAACUGAUGAUCGUGUAAUGCGAUUGAAAGAAGGGUACAUCAAAGAAGGAAGCACCGUUAGCGUAAUGGGAGUUGUUCAGAGGAAUGACAAUGUGCUCAUGAUUGUCCCUCCACCUGAACCCAUCACAACAGGAUGCCAAUGGGCCAAAUGUAUUGUUCCCGCUAACCUUGACGGUAUUGUAUUGAGAUGUGAAGAUGCGUCAAAGAAUGAUGUCAUACCAGUUUAGUACUAUGUGCAUUGUAAGCUUUUUCUUCUAUUUCUCCUUAAAAAAAUAUUCUUUUCUUCUUUCUUUUGGUCUAUUAAUAUUUGAUGCUGGGGAUAGUAAAAGUGGUAGCAUUCAGGAGUGACGGGUGAUUGUGAUGCUUGAAUAUCCCAGUUGGUGGCAGUGUUUUCUCAUAUUAACUUGUUGUAUAGCUCUUCAGGGUGUCUUCCCCUUUAUUUUUUAUUUUUUCGUUUUUAGGGUGUGAUGGCUUUUGUGAGAAGGGUUUGGUUGAGCCAUAGGGAAAUUUAUGUGUGAGCAGACUGCGAUUAUGUUAAAUAGAACAAAAAAAAGUGUUAUGAGUUAACUAGUAUAUUGUCUUCACAUGCAAUCUAUAGUGUCUACUUCUCUUGAUGAAAUUUGUACAAGUAUUAGCUUGUUGAUGCAAUUUAUAUCGAAUGACUUAUAUUCAAGCAUGAUUCCUUGACACAAGACUUGCUUCUAAAUUUAACCAUCCGAUGUACUGAGAAAGCCUUGGUAAUUCCCCCUCCUCUCUCAUGUAAUCCUUUCCUUGAUGUGUGCUUAUCUUUUCCGAAGUUUUGUAAGUUGAACUUCUUAACAAGCCUUAUCAAUUGUGUAUGGUCAGACUACAUUACUGGGACACUUUUUUUGCAUAAACGGCACAACGGCAAUUCUGGUAGGAAAUUUGUAACUCUCACUAGUAGAUUUUAUAAGAUUGAAAGGUAGAGAUGUAGUUGAGGUUUAAGAGUUUACAAGACAAGGAAAUCCUUGCAGACGCAUUGUUCAUUGUUUGGGAUGCUGAUACAGAGCUUAUGAAGGACGAGUACCGGUUCAGUAAUUUAUUUCCAUUAUAAAACUUGUAAUAUAUGUUAUAAAUUUAUUGCUGAAAUGUUACAAGUUUGAUGUGGGGUGUUGAUAUAUUCCAAUACCGGAGCUCAAAUCUUUAUAGGCCAUUUUAGAUAGGAAGAAAUGUUGUAUGCCUCACUUUAGGGCAUGUUUGGUUCGCGACCGAUGAAUCAAUUCUUGAAGUCCUGAUUCUCUUAUUCACAAU